AUGAUGUCAAAUCGUGGUAGCCAAACGGACUUUCGUGAAUCUUCCACGCAAACUGCCGGAGACCCCACAUCUCUCGGAAUGUCGUGCUACCCGCGAUCAAUCGCUCGACUUCUUGGGGAAGCUGAGGAUCAUCAGCUCUGGGAUGCUUCAAUUACGCAAAAACUUUCCUUCGGUGUUCCGCUAGAGCAAUUUGAUUUCUGUUUCGAACCUAGCAGCUUCUUCAACAAAACUAAAUGGGUAUGCCACGAAGUCAAUCAAGGAACGUUGUCCGACACGUUGCUCAACCACGAAGUUGGACGAUCGUGGAUUGAUAACGGGACAGACGCGUCUUGCAAACGUCGACAUAAAUUGAACCUUGCUGAUUGGAGCAUGAAAUGUUAUAAUCCGGCUGAAUCGAGAAGCUGUGACGCACUCCUCAGGAGAUAUUCUGAGCGAGCUUCGGUGUAUUAUUUCAAGCAGUUUUCUCAGAUACAUUACCCGGUUUUUCUUGGAACGCCUGUUCCCAAGACGAGCUUGAACUGUCGAAGAAUGGUGGAACUUUCCGAAACGGCAUUGAACAGAAAACUUCAUCAGUUGAAAGCAUCAUGUCUGGGUAAUCAAGAUUUCGAUCGCUCGCUUCGACAAUUUGAUUUGGAUGAAGGGCCAUGCAAGUGCCGGCGCAAGGAACGUGUCCAACAGCCAAAGAAGCACCCGAAAGCGAGUUCCUUAUUCUCUGGAUCAGUGGACCCUGCUGCGGUGGAUGACAUGGUGGACGAGGAAUCAGUUUUGCUCGUCAUGGGUUCGCUUUCCGGGUCUCCGGGCAUAAUACGGUGUGAGCCAACAGUGAAGCAGCAAAUUAAUUUCCUCGUCCGCUGGUUUGCCGGUUGGAGCGAAAUGCAGAAAUCUGAUUUCGUUCCUGCCCUUGUGAAGAAGACGUCUUCAUGCGGGAUCAAUGGGAUCGUGGAUCUUUUAGCCGAUACUAAUUUGAAGGAAACCCGGCCAACUUUAUUCUCGUGCCAAAUGAAGCUGUUCGACGAAUGGUGUGACGCCUGGACAGACGACGAGAAGCAAGAAUUCAUUUCUCGAAUCCAAGAGAUUGACGGCGCGUUCUUUGACAAGUACCAACGGACAUUAAGUGGGGAAGAAGACCGAGUUGCUGCCGAAAUGGAGCGAGAAUUCAUGUCCAUUUUGGCGUCUGCUCACGUGGAGCGCGAAUCAUCUUCCGACGUCGUGACGCCGGAAACUGUCCUAUCUGACAUCGUCACAGCCGAGCAGUUUGUCGGUCAGCACGCCACUCUCGUUUAUGUCGAAGAUGACAAGUCUUCUGACCUGAGCCCGGCAGAAGAGACUGGGAGCACUGAGCAACUGACCACACCCAACAGCGACAAAGAACCUGAUGUACCGGCCGAGGAUUGCGAUGAUGCCGGGGGUGUAUAAUCACCACCGACAUACAGUGGACCCUUGGUUGACAACUCACUUGGUUCCAGACAAAAGUUUUUAAAUUUUCCCAUAGACUUCAAUGGGGAAGAAUUUAAUCCAGUCUGUGAUCCCAAAAGACCAUCAAAUAUUGAAUAUUGAAAAAAUUCAAGACCGUGAACUAAAAUCGGAAUAAGUUGAUGAGCCCAGAUUGUUGUUACAGUGUUAUAUGGAAGUACAGUAGUACUGAUGAAAAAAAAGAUAAAAAAAAAGCUUUACAUCCCAAGAAACACAUACUAAACUACUAAAGGAUACAUUUCUGGGGAAUAUGAAAGUUCUUUUCUUCAUGCUGCUAGUAAAUGUUUCAAACAAUUGAACAAAAAAGCAAAUAAUUCUUUCACCGAAAAUCGCAAAUAAAUGAUGCAGCUAAAAAAAAUUUCAAGACACAAGACUAUGCACAUUGCAAGUGCCAGAAGGGAAGAAUUUUCAAAUCGGUGCAUAGGUGAAUUAUUUGCACUUGGAUUCUACCAUAAAUUUCAGCUCCAAAAACAAAUUUUGAAUCUUCACCUUCAGGAAUUUUUUCCAAGAAAAAAGUUUGUUGACCAAAUUUUAGUUUGUUAGCUGAGGGAUUUUUCCUGAAAGUUAAAAUGUUGUUAACCAAGUACAGUAGUUUCUUGACUAAGGGUCCACUGUACAAUGGGUUUUAACUCCUGGGACUAACAAUUGUGCAUAUUUUGGAAUCUCUUUUCAAGUGUCGACUUCUUGCGCGCUGUGUUCAGAACUCGGCGAGCGACAAAGGAAAAGAAACAAACAUUCGUUGAUCAUGUUUACUCGACCGUUCCAAAUGCGACGUUAAUGCUCGUUUUGAAUGCUCUCUAUGUUGAUGACUUCCCGACCAUUCCAUGAAGUAAAGUGAAGAAAAGUUGUGUUCUCA